GUUUUUCUUUUCUUUCAGAUUUGUUAAAAUUGGUAAAUGUUGAAUUGUUAGUUUAUACUAUUACAUUCUAAACUGUUGAAGACUGAAUGUUAUCAAGUGAAUGUUUUGGGGGUUUCAAUGAUGCUUUUGUCUAAGAACACUGCAUUAAAAGAAAGACGUCCUAUGUCUCAAGGUUGGAGUGCUCCUAAGUAUGGACUCUGGGUUGAGUGAAGAGUCUGAAGAGGAUAAAAACAUGGUUUCGGCCAGUUCACCUUCAUUUACAGGAUUACUGUCGACCUUUAGGACAGUUAAGUAUGAGCAUCUUGUUGCGGGUAUAUCAGGAGGAGUAGUUUCAACACUUAUCCUUCAUCCUCUUGAUCUUCUUAAGAUUAGAUUUGCAGUUGAUGAUGGUUCAUCAAAUCGGGCUCCAUAUAAAGGGGUUAAAAGUGCUUUCGCAACCAUCAUUAAAACUGAAGGAAUGAGUGGAUUGUACAGAGGUGUGACCCCAAACACAGUUGGUGCUGGUUCUGCUUGGGGAUUCUACUUUCUUUUUUAUCAGACAAUAAAGACUGAGAAACAAGAAGGGAACAGCAGAACCCAGUUGACUCCAACCGAUCACCUUGUUGCAGCAACAGAAGCUGGGAUCCUUACAUUAGCACUUACAAAUCCUAUAUGGGUCGUUAAAACAAGAUUAUGCCUUCAAUAUGAAAACAAACUGAAUACAAAAGUUGACACGACGAGACAUUACACGGGGAUGGUAGAUGCCUUUAGAAAAAUCAUCAAGUAUGAAGGAGUGAAGGGUCUUUAUAAGGGGUUUACGCCCGGUUUGUUCGGAGUUUCCCAUGGCGCUGUUCAGUUCAUGGCUUAUGAAGAACUAAAGUGUAAAUAUAACCAGUAUAGAAAGCAGCCUAUUGACACUAAGCUGAGUACAACAGAAUAUCUUCUAUUCGCCGCCAUUUCUAAAUUCUUUGCAGCAGUCUCAACUUAUCCUUAUCAGGUUAUACGGGCACGGCUACAGGAUGCUAACUGUACAUACUCUGGAGCAACGGACUGUAUUCGUCAAACAGUCAAGAAGGAGGGUAUAUCUGGAUUAUACAAGGGUAUGACACCCUACUUGGUUCAUGUUAUGCCAAACAUAUGCCUUGUCUUUCUUAUCUAUGAGAAGAUUACCAACGGAUAAACAUUGAGGAAGAACGAGAAGGGAAAAGAAGACGGAGAUUAUUUUCACUUUUACAUGAACAUUUCUACCAAUUGUUUUGGUUUUGGAAAAAAUGUGAUAUUUUUUACAGUAGGCAAACAUAUUUUUAGAAAAUAAAAACACACAAAUUUCAUCAUAUUUUUUUGGGAUCAGUACUUCAGGCGUCAAUAAAAGUUUUUAAAAUGUUA